CAAUUCCUCCCCCUCCCUCCAGACUCGACCUCCCCCCAUCCCAUCAUUCAUCUCUACCACUUUUCUUUGAGCAGUCAUCUAUCCCAUCGAAAACCGAUUUCUGAGCGCAUAAUCCAUAUUCGAUUUGAUCCCUCUCUCUUCUCCGUUGCCCCCGGGGUCCGCCCGUCAUGGCUGCCGCCGAUGUUCGCGACAUGCUGGAUUUGCCCGCGGAGGGCCAGCCACGUCCGCUCAAGAAGCAGAAGGUCGCCGAGAAGAGACCAGAGGGUAUCACUCGUGAGCUGUUCGCUUUGCUAGGCGAGCGGGCACCGCCAAUCGCAAUCAACGAAAAUCGUUACAAGGGCCGUCCGAAAUGGAUGAGCAAGUUGCGUGUCCGCCCGUGGCGAAUGGUGCCUUUUGAGAAUAGUGCCCGUUCUGACGGCCUCGUGCUGCGUCACUGGCAACGACAGAGCGAACCCGCGAAACCCGCUCUAGAGGGAUCCGAGAUGGAAGUCGAGGGGACUACGGACGGCAAACAUACAUCUGAGGCUGUGGAAAAGGAUUACAUGUUUGCCAAGUACAACGUCAAAGCGCGCGUACCGAACCGCUACACCGACGAGGAGUACAAUCGCCAUCUGAAGAGCGACGACUGGUCUCGCCAGGAGACCGACUACCUGAUGGACUUGGUCGAGGAGUACGAUCUCCGCUGGGUAGUGAUAGCCGACCGCUACGACUACCAGCCUCAUCCCGUCGACACGGAGACGAACACCACGGCUCUCGUCCCAGCCAAAAGUAUUCGAACGAUGGAACAUAUGAAAGCCCGCUACUACUUCAUCGCCGCAUCCAUGCUCGCCCUGGAACACCCUCCGUCCGAAAUGUCGGAGGCCGAAUUCGAGUUGCACGAGAAGAUGAUGAAGUUCGACCCGGAGCGCGAGCGCUCGCGGAAAGAGCUCGCCGCUCUUCAGCUCAACCGCACAGCCGACGAAGUACGCGAGGAGAGUAUUCUUCUGGAGGAACUCAAGCGCAUCACGGCCAACGAGCAAGAGUUCAUCACCGAACGUCGGGAGCUGUAUUCCCGCCUCGAAGUUCCCAUCAGCGUCGGCAACACCACCAUGUACCAGUCCAGCCAAGGUCUUUCGCAACUUCUCCAGACCCUUCUUCAAGCCGACAAGAGCAAGAAGCGACGCUCUAUCCUGGCCCCCGAAAGCACCGGGGCCGCCCCUAGCCCAGCCGGCCAGACCCCCGCCUCUAACGCCCCCGGCAGUGCGCGUGACAGCCGAGCUGAUACUCCCAAUACCUCCGCGCCCGCCGCUGCCGCCGCCCCUACCAACAAGAAGGCUGCCGCUGCCGCGGCUGCUGCCGCCGCGGCUGCCAAUAAGGAGGCUGAAAAGACAGUCCGGACGCUCACCGCCGCCGAAGAAGCCAAGUACGGCGUCCAGCACCACGAGCGGCUGGCCCCUGGCGUCCAAUUCCGGAGCGACCGCGCCCAGAAGCUCACGCAGGCCAAGUCCAACGUGCAGACGCAGAAGCUGGCGGCCGCGCUGGCGGAGCUGGCGGUGCCGCUUCGGCUCGUUAUGCCGACGGAACGGGUGUGCAAGGAGUUUGAGAAGUUGAUCCAUUCGGUCAAUUUGCUGCUCGAUGCGCGUAAGGUGGCGGAGAAGGUGGAUAAUGAGAUCCGCGUGCUCGAGGCCGCCAAGGAGGACCGCGAACGCAAGACCAAGGAGGCUCAGGAGAAGACCAAACCCGAGGUCAAGUCGGAGCAGCAGGAGGAGGAGGAUCAGCCAUUGAUACCAGCUGACACCGCGGCUGAGGCCGCCACGGCUCCUGAUCCCAACGGCCCGGCCACUGCACCGUCCGCUGCCGCGGCGGCGGACGGUGAGGCCGGCGAGAAAAGUGCGGGCGGUGGCGGUCCUGCGGCUUCGACGGGGGAUCAAGAAGGAGCGUCGCACAAACGCUCGGCGAGUGUACUUAGCAAUUCAAGCGACAAGAGCAGCAAGCGGCAAAGAAAGUAAGAUGGCUAGGUGGAUUUUGGCAUGGGCGUUUCGGGACGGAAUGGGGGCGUUUGACUGUGAUUUAUAUAUACCAGCUUGUACAAUUACAUGAAACCCACGCGGUUGUUCUCCG